UCUACUAACUCUCUCUCUCUCUCUCUCUACCCUUCACUCUCAAUACGCUGAAGCAGAGCACGCAAAACCAGAGCCAUGUCCUCUUCCAUUUCCAUAUCAAUCUCAUCAAACCUAAUACAAAAUCCCCACCACCGCCAACAUCGCCGGACCUCUGUGAUCAACAAUCUCAACCAUCCGAACGCUCUCAGUAAACCACCCGGCGGCUGCCGGAGGCCAGUCGGAACCACUCAUUGCUCGCUCUCCUCCCAUUCCGUCCUCGAACUCCCCGCAUCCUUGUACAAUCAGUGCUCCCCGCCGUCUAACUUAAACCCUUUCCAGCUAGCCGCCGCCGCUGCGCUAGACGCCGUCGAAGAACGUUUCAUUGGAAACUUCCUCGAACGCAAUCACUCUCUCCCCAAAACCGUCGACCCCGAAAUCCAGAUUGCGGGAAACUUCGCCCCCGUCGGCGAGACGCCCCCGCGCCACAACCUCCCUGUUUCCGGCGAAAUUCCCUCUUCUCUCAACGGCGUCUACGUCCGCAACGGCGCGAACCCUUUCUUCGCCCCUCGCGCUGGUCAUCACUUGUUCGACGGUGACGGAAUGGUCCACGCCGUGAGGUUUCGCGACGGCCGCGCGUCCUACGCAUGCCGAUUCACUGAAACAGAGCGGCUACGGCAAGAGCGGGUCAUGGGGCGCGCUAUCUUCCCGAAGGCGAUCGGGGAGCUUCACGGCCACUCGGGGAUUGCCCGUCUUCUCCUGUUCUACGCGCGCGGGCUCUUCGGUCUCCUCGACCCCUCCCGCGGCGUAGGCAACGCCAACGCCGGGUUAAUCUUCUUCAACAACCGUCUUCUCGCCAUGUCGGAAGACGACUUGCCCUACCACAUCCGCGUCACUCGCGCCGGCGAUCUCGAGACGGUCGGACGGUACGACUUCGGCGGACAGUUGAAAUCCUCUAUGAUCGCGCAUCCGAAGCUCGACCCGGAGACAGGGGAAAUGUUCGUCCUGAGCUAUGACGUAAUCAAGAAGCCCUAUUUGAAGUACUUUAGCUUUUCCCCUUCCGGGGAGAAAUCCGCUGACGUGGCGAUCCCGUUGGAUCAGCCCACGAUGACGCACGACUUCGCCAUUACGGAGAAUUUCGUGGUUGUGCCGGACCAGCAGGUGGUGUUCAAGUUGCAGGAAAUGAUCGCCGGUGGUUCGCCGGUGGUUUACGAUAAGGAGAAGACGGCGCGGUUCGGAGUUCUUCCGAAGCGCGCCGUUGAUGGUUCCGAGAUGAUUUGGGUCGAUGUGCCGGAUUGCUUCUGCUUCCAUUUUUGGAACGCGUGGGAGGAGGCUGAGACAGAGGAGAUCGUGGUCAUCGGCUCCUGCAUGACCCCGGCGGAUUCCAUCUUCAACGAGUCGGAGGAGAACCUGCGGAGCGAGCUCACGGAGAUACGCCUCAACCUGAAAACAGGCCGAUCGACCCGACGGGCCAUUGUCGGGUCCGCAGGGCAUGUUAAUCUCGAGGUCGGAAUGGUGAACCGAAACCGGCUUGGGCGGAGAACCCGAUACGCCUACCUUGCAAUAGCGGAGCCAUGGCCCAAAGUGUCCGGAUUCGCCAAAGUGGAUCUCACCACCGGCGACAUGCAAAAGUUCGAGUACGGGAAAGGGAAAUUCGGCGGCGAGCCGUACUUUGUGCCGGCAGCCGGGGACGAAGAGAAUGAAGACGAAGGCCAUGUGAUUGCGUUUGUGCACGACGAGGAAUCGGCGAAAUCAGAGCUGCUUAUAGUGAACGCCUCCGACAUGAAAGUGGAAGCUGUCGUGAAGCUGCCAUCGCGAGUACCUUAUGGAUUCCAUGGAACGUUUGUCAGUGAAGGGAGUCUGGAGUUUCAGGACUGAAUGGGAAUUACUGGUCGAUUACAUUUUUGCAGGAAUGGAAGCUACCUGAGGGAUUGGCAGUGGAGAUCCCCGGAGUUGUCCAAUUCCUUCUUCUGCUUCUGCUUCUGCUUCAGUGAGUACCUACCUACAUAUUCUAGUUGUAUAUAGAUUAUGCUGUGAUGCAGAUCUGUAGAGAGAAAUUUGAUCUAUACUAGUGAGGCCGGUUUGUAGCGCUUUGUCGAGCUCAGCCGGCCUCUUCUUCUUCGUUUAUUUUUUUAAAUUUUAACGGUUGUUUGUUUGUACAAAUGAAGUGGAGGUCGCAGCUGGCGCUGUGUGGAAGCGCCAGGGGUUCCUCUG